AUGCGCUUACAUCCGACCGACGACUUGGACAGCUCGUCCGAUCGCCGUCCUACGCUUAUCGCCCGUCUGCGUCUCUCGAACCCUCACAGGCGGUUGGUUAUCAUCCUCGUUAUCAUCUUUCUUUUACUGUCGACAUAUGUGUUCAACAUUGCCAGAGUCAUCAAAGUGAAAGAGAACACGACAUCCAACCCAGGAUUAUCGCCAGAGACAAUUCCGGCGCCCAUUCUCGCUUCGGUGGCCGCAGGGGACAGUAUAGCGUCACAUUAUUUGCCCAAUGCCGUGCUACAUGCAGAGCGAAAAGCCCUCGUUUCUUCCAACGGCAAAUGGCGAGUGCAUCUUACCGAUGACAGCGAGCUCAUCUUGGAGACGGAUCAGGAUGGAAAAUGGAGCCCGGUCUGGUGGACAAAUAGCAGGAGAUACAGGAGAAAAGACUCGGCACCAGAGACUUCCUACAUGACCAUAGAUGCAGGCGGCGCUGUCCAGAUCCUCGCCAGGACCAUGGAUGAGGAUAGACAUCCCGUAACCGACCGGCGGUGGGACUCUAUGCUUUCGGGCCGCUGCUUGCCAGUCGAGGGGGAUACAAUGCUGCUAACGGCUCCGAGGCCGCAGUCACUGGCACUCGAUAAUCAUGGUCGGCUGCUUGUCUUUGACGGAGAGUCAAAGCUGGCAUGUAUCUUGUAUGACGACACAUUUGACGAAUCUCCGACUCUACACCAAACAGUGAAUUUGACAAUCGCCGAAGAGGAGCAGCCGGAUCCCGAGCAAAACAGGUGGCCCAUGUUCAAAAAUUCCGACAAGUUAUCCAGUCUUCAGCUUCGAGCAAUGCUGGAGGCCGAUCUAGCCAAGACCAACAUAUCCCUCAAGCUAAGCAGGGAACAGCUAAAAACUGUUUUCAAUACUGCCAUCGUCUUGCCAUCUUUCCGCGACCACUUCGAAUUCUGCAUCAAAUUCCUACGGUAUCGUGGCUCUCAGGCCCAUGUUGCGAUGCGCCGAUACGCUAACAGUCUAGAGCAGAUCCAUGAUACGACACUGCGUGGAUUCCCCGAGAUAGACGUGGCUUCCAUAACAAAGGGCAUGCAUAAAGUUUUGCUGCAGGAUUUCAAGAAGAUAUAUGGCUUUCUGGCUACCGGCAGGCGUUACUGCUUUAUACUAGACUCGGAAGGCAUCAUGUUGCGGACAACGUGGCUUGCCGAUAUUGUGAGGGAGUUUCUCGACAAGCCUUUUGCCAUCCACACCCCUGAGAGUCGGAACGGGAGCAGCCAUCCCAUCGGUUGGUCCACGCCUUGCGGAGAUAUGCUCCGAGUCGACAACUUCUCUUCGGCCGGCUGGUUUCUGGAAUAUUACAUGUGGGUCUUUGACUCUCGAGUAUACGCCGAGAUUGCUCGCACCUACGCGCAGACUUGGCCGCAGCUCGAGGGGAAUCCCCAAGAGGUCUUUUUCGAGGUGUGCUAUUUUGCCUAUAUAUGGGCGGAGAAAGGUCCAGUCGAAGGUCCCGCGUACCGCUUCAUCACCUCAGAGCAGCUUCUAGGUCAACGAUUGUGGAACUUGAUGUGGCCCCGGUACGUCUAUGAGACGGGUGCGGAUCCCACUGAGCGGGUGAAUGACCUGUCUAUUAUCGAGGACGUGAGAGAGUGGCUGGCCCGGUUCCCGAAUCUUCUUGUCCCCGUGGCUGAGGCCUGGGAGCGAAACCAGAUGCGCUUAUUCAAAGCUGGCCAGGACUCGUGGCAGGCCAUGGCAUUCCUCGGCGUUGCCAAGAGCGUCCGCAUGUGCGUCAGCGAACAGCCGAGAGACCUGUAUGAGGCUGCCAUAUGGGGUCAUUUCAAUCUAGAGUGA